AUGGCCACCGCUGCGCCUCCGCGUCCAGCGCCAACCAUGCAAGAUUUGUUAAACAAACAAGCGCGGCUACGGGAUUACAUCGCCCACUCCGUUGAAAAUCAACGGAAACAGGGCCGAUCACGCGGCGGCCUAGUGUCACGUAUUGAUUUGACCGAUCGUUACUGGGAGCAGUUUAUGCAGAACGAUCGGGAGUUACGUCGCCUGGGCGAGAAGGCACUCGCUGACUCCGACUACGUGCGGAAGGACAUACUCGGGGGCGUCCAGGAAAUUUACCUCCAGCAGAGAGGCGAGCUGCUCGACAUGCAGGACGAGCUCGAGCGAGGUAUGACGGCUCGAUCUGUGGAGGUAACUCGCGAGACGCCGGGGGCCGCCGUGGCGACGAGCGUCGCGGCGCCCGGCGUGCAAUUGCCGCGCGUUCCAGUUCCGCGUUUCAGCGGCGCGUUCGGCGAGUGGCGCAGUUAUCAUGACUUGUUCGAAUUGCUUGUGCGCUCCAACGUGGCGUUGUCGGCAGUACAAAAGAUGCACUAUUUAAAACAAGGGUUAAGCGGAGAGCCGGAGAGGCUCAUUAGAAACUUCGGCGUGACGUCGGAGAACUUUGAGUCCGCGUGGCAAAAACUGUGCGAUCGUUAUAACAAUAAGAGACUGCUGGUGACCGCGCACCUGUCCGCCCUUGUCGACAUUGCUUCGGCGAAAACGGAAACCGCGACGGAAGUGCAGCGCGUCUUCGAUGGGGUCUCGGAAAUCCGCACAUUUUUGCAUCACCUCGGGCGCCCGGUGGAACGUUGGGACGACUGGCUCGUCUAUUUGACAGUCUCCAAGCUCGAUACCGCGACGAGGCGCGACUGGGAAAGACUCACGAAUACGGAACGUGAGCCGUUGCCGUGGAAUACGCUAAGCGAGUUCCUCGAAGGAAAGAUGCGCGAGCUGCACGCAUUUUCUCCGUCGCCGUCGACCUCCGCGUCGUCCACGCCGUCGGCUGCGGCAACGCCCAAGAGUGGAAAGACGUCUCGGGCGCGCGUGUUAAACGUCUCAAAAUCGAAGCCGCUCCCGGGUAAACUGUACAAGGAGACGCACUUUAUCCUGCACUGCCCAGAGUUCACGAAGAUGACAGUCGCUCAACGGAAGGCGAAGGUCAACGCGCAUCAAUUGUGUGGGAACUGCCUGUCCAGCUUCCACCUGGCGCGCGAUUGCACAUCCGCCAAGCGCUGUCAAGUGUGCCACGACGCGCAUCAUACCCUGCUGCAUGCAGAUAGUCCGGUCGGGUCCGACAACCAGCGGGCCGCGGAAGCGCAGACCGCGGCGCACGUGGCGUGGCAACCGCGUGCGAAAUCAGUGAUUUUGACGACUGCGCGAGUGCGACUGCAGGUCGAGUCCGGACGCUCGACCGUCGUGCGUGCCCUUGUCGACCAAGGGUCCGAACUCAACUUUAUCUCGGAAGCCGUGGCACAGCGGCUGCAAGUUACGCGUCGCCCGGUUCGCGUGCGCGUUACCGGGAUGGGCGAGACCGAGACCGCUCUCGCCCGCGCGGCGACAACCGUUGCGCUUCGCUUGCUGACGAAAGAUCCGUACGCGCGGCAACUCGACGCGCUCAUUCUGCCGCGCUUAACGUCUUACAGACCUCCGGUCUGUUUUCCGUCUACUCAGUGGAAGCACAUACAAGGACUCGAGCUCGCCGAUGACUUCACCAGCGCUACGGGGAUCGAAGCGGUUCUAGGCGCGGAAGUCUACGCGGACAUCCUCAUGGGCGACAUCCGCAAGGGCGAGAGGGGAUUGCCAGUGGCGCAGUCAACACAGCUCGGCUGGCUGCUGACGGGCACGGUCGCCGACGCGACCGCAUCGGAGCAGCUGAAUGGCUGCUCGCUUCACUGCCAAAAGGACGAGGUAGCGGAACAACUACGUCGAUUCUGGGAGGUCAAGGAGCUGCCGUCCGCGUCUCCUUGGAGCAAGGAGGAGACGGAAUGCGACGAGCAGUACACGGCCACGCAUCAGCGCGCGGCGGACGGCCGCUACAUCGUUCGGCUGCCAAGACGGGAGGCAACGGACGGCACUAAACUUGGCGACUCGAGAGCGGUAGCGCGAGCUUCCCUGCUACGUCUCGAGCGUCGCCUCGCACAAAGUUCCACCCUGCGAGAGGACUACACGCGGUUCCUCCGCGAUUAUGAGGCACGGGAGCACAUGACACGAGUCGGCGACGACGACGGCAAACGCGCGGCCGGCUACUUCAUGCCGCAUCAUCCCGUGUUCAAACCUACGCCGGACGGAUCCAAGGUCCGCGUGGUUUUCAACGCUUCGCAGCCCACGUCGACGGGAGUCUCCCUUAACGAUGUGCUGCAGGUGGGGCCACGACUCCAGCAGGAGCUGCGGGAGGUGCUGCUGCGUUGGAGGAUGCACAGAGUCGUCUUCGCGGCGGACAUCGAACAGAUGUUCCGCCAAAUCGCUGUACAUCCCGAAGAUCGGCCGCUGCAGCAGAUCCUCUGGCGCGAAGAUCCGGAGCAGCCUAUCGGGUGCUAUCGCCUCAACACGGUGACAUAUGGUACGGCGAGCGCACCGUACUUGGCGAUACGCACCCUGCUGCAGCUGGCGCACGACGAACAAGACCGCUUCCCGGAUGCCGCGGCUCUGCUGCGACGCGGCACCUACGUCGACGACGUGCUAGGUGGAGCGGACUCCCUGAAUGAGGCGAAAGUGUUACAGUCCGACCUAAGACAGCUGCUCAAGGCGGGCGGCUUCAAUCUCAGGAAGUGGGCUUCCAGCCGAGUGGAACUUCUGGAGGGCAUUGCCCACGAGGAUCGAGAGGCGAUGGUGGAACUCGACAAUCAUGAGCGGGCGACCAUAAUGCUGGGCGUACACUGGGUGCCGGAGUCGGACGUCUUUCGGUUUACCCAUCGUCCUCCGGUGCCACCCAGAAUCACCAAACGCGCCAUUCUCUCGGCAAUCGCGCGCCUCUUUGACCCGCUCGGUUGGUUGGCGCCGAUCGUAGUGGUCGCGAAGAUCUUGUUACAGGAACUCUGGCUACGAGGAGCGGAUUGGGACAAGGACGCCUCACCGGACAUGGAGACUCGGUGGCGGAGGUUCUGCGAGGAACUCCCUGCCGUGGCUGACCUUUCGGUGCCACGAUGGCUGGGCUGGUUUCACCAGGCGGAGCGCGUAAAACUCCACGGAUUCUGCGAUGCGUCGGAGCGGGCAUACGCUGCCGUCGCGUACUUGCGGAUCUUACGCCCGGGUGAACCGGCUACCGUGGGUCUGAUUCUGGCCAAAAGCAAGGUGGCGCCCGCGAAGAGGGUCACCUUGCCGAGACUCGAGCUGUGCGGAGCGCACCUACUGGCUAGACUCUUGGCGUCGGUGCGGGACUGCAUUCCGGUGACCUCAAUCCACGCCUGGACGGACGCGACGAUCGUGCUUGCAUGGCUGCGUGGACACCCCUCGAAGUGGCAAACCUACGUCGCCAACCGCGUCGCGGCCAUUCACGAGGCUAUCCCGGGAGCGGUUUGGCGCCACGUUCCGACGGAGGACAAUCCGGCGGACUGCGCGUCGCGGGGAUUAAUGCCGCGUGACCUAGGGAUGCAUCAAAUCUGGUGGAAUGGCCCGCGUUGGCUGACGCGACCCGUCGAGGAGUGGCCCGCGACUCCCUUGGACACCAGAGCCGAGCCGCCGGAGGAGCGCCGAGUUGUGCACAUCGCGGUCCAGACGGAGGAGGAGGACUUCCUCACCCGGUUCUCCACUUACGGUCGAGCAUUGCGUAGCGUGGCGUACGUGCUACGCUUCCUGCGCAAAUUCCGACCAGUCACCAGGGCUCUCGCGGCCUCGGAGCUCCGACCCGCGAGAGACACCCUGCUGCGCGUCGCGCAGCAGAGGCACUUUCCAGUCGAGCUGUCUCGGCUAAGGAGAGGUGCCGUUAUCAAUCAACGCAGCCCACUGACGCCGCUGCAGCCUCGACGAGGAUGGGUUGCUGCGCGUCGGUGGUCGGCUGCGACAUUCACGUCAGUUGCAGGAGGAGAACCAUUCAGUUAUACUGCCGAGAUUCGAUCGCCUUACAGAACUCUUGGUGAGGAACGCACAUCUGAGGGUUUACCACGGCGGGGUUCAGAUGAUCUUGGCGAACCUGCGGAGGAACUUCUGGAUACCGGCGGGUCGCAGCCUGGUCCGUGGCAUUCUUCAUCGCUGUGUUACGUGCGUGCGGCAUAG